AUAUCAGAGGGGGGUUAUCUGAGCCUGGAAGCUAAGCUACUUAGGGAAAUCGCAACAUCCACUUAGGACACAUUCCAUGCCUUAGCAGAGCAGCAAGCCAACUGCAGGGAGCCUCUGGUCAUAAGCACAGAGGCCAGGAAUUGAACUUCAGCCCAACAGUGACUUGACUAAGCCAACAUCCUUACCCAUGGCCUUAACAUCCUGAGUCUGCAUAACAGGUAACCAUGGAAACCCAGCCAAAAGAAACAGAGGAGGGAGAGAAGUCCCCCGAGUACAAGGACCUGCUGCCCAGCCAAACAGCCAGCACCUUGUGCAUCAGCUCGCGAAGUGAGUCCACCUGGAACGCUCCUCACCAGAACAAGUGGGACAUUUACCACAAGCCCGUUAUCGUCAUCUCUGUGGGUGGAGCCGUGUUCCUCUUUGGAGUGGCUCUCACCAGCCUGACCUGCCUCACCGGAGACCAAAGAGGAGGAGGCAUGAACAACACGACCAAGGAGGUGUUCAAACUGUGUGGGCCAGCCUUCCUCUCGCUUGGCCUCAUGCUGCUGGUGUGCGGCCUUGUCUGGAUCCCCAUCAUCCGCAAAAAGCUGAGGCAGAAGCAGAAGUACCACAUCCUCCAGAGCAUUAAGUCCUUCUUCCUCAACCGCUGAAGGCAGCUCUCAAGAUUCGAAGAGGACUGUGUCACAGAGGACAGGGCUCUGGCUUUCUCUCCCUGGACCUACAAGGACAGAUCAGCACUGCCCUAAAGGGGAGUUCACUCCCAUCCCCUCCUCUUCUUCCUGUGUGCAACAGAUUUCUCCAUCCCCAGGGAGAGACACUGUUGGGUGACACUGUGUCCUUAGCCAGUGAAUAUAUUUUCUAAUGCUGAGAGUGUGAAAAGUGGCAGAUCAGAUCCCAGAACAGUGGAUUUCUCAUACUCGUUAUUGCUUGAAAGGAUAUGCUAUCUGUAUCUUCAAGAGCCUGAUUUUCAGACUGUAUUCACAAGAAAGUUGAGACUUGUUCCCAUGACACUCCACUGGGACUAAUAACUGCCACAAGCUUUUGUGGGAAAGCAGAUUGAUAUUUUUAUUCCAACAACUGGUUUGGGUUUUUUUUUAAAACAAAACCCAAACCCCUCUGCUUCAACCUCAAUUAAAACGUUCAAGGAAAUAAGCCAUUGUGCAAGCAAACAACUGUGUGUGAGUACAAAUAUUAAUCGUGCAAAAGUCUCAGGUUCGGGGCGAGAGGGUUUCUAUGUCUGUAGGGUCUCAGAGGAUCCAGGCUCUCAAAUGCUCUCAAAAAGAGGGGUUGUCAUUGUAAAAUUACUUUGAAAAAGAGGGGCAUGGAGCUGUACUAUCGUAGAAGAGACGGCAGACUGUUGUGUAAGGAAAUGGGAUCUGCCUAGAGAGCUGUCACACUGUCUAUGACAUGCUACUGCAGCUAUUGUUUGUGACUGCUUUUCUUUUCUAUCCUGCUCCUCCUUUGUUCAGCAAAGCGCCUGAACAAAAGACCCUGGGCUCAUCCACACUUCCCUUUUGCUAGACAGGAGGGCACUUUAAAGCACUGUGUCAGGUGCUCCCCUUUUUGGGCCCCAGUGCUUUCCCUGAGAAUAGCUGCUCUUUAAUGCUGAAUUGGAACAAAUGGCAAUUUAGGUUCUCCAUGGGUUGCCAUUUGCUCCAUUUCAGCGGUAAAGAGUGGGCUUUCACAGGGAAAGCACUGGGGCAAAACAAAACACAGAGACACGGUGCUUUAAAGUUUAUAAACACAGCACAAAAGGAAGCCCGGAUGAGCCCCAUGUUAGAAUGCAAUCCUCAAAAUUAUGUCAAUGGUUGUAGACAAACAUGGAUGGACUAAAAUAUAGAAUUCAAGGCAACUAGCCAAGAUCAGGGACUUGUCAAGUAUUGUAUAGUGAAUUAUGUUUAAGGAACAAUGUUUAUAGUUAUGAAUGUGACAUCAGCUUUUGAAAAUAUGAACACCUGGGGAGGUAUGUAGUAUGGGUGUUCUGCACUUUUUACAAAAAAACUGAUAUGCCGCCUCCCAAGGCAGUCUACAAUAUUACAUUGCUGUUUGUCCAGGAAACUACCCCUUGGUCAGGGAGAACAACUGGCAACACUCUUGUGACGCAGUGAGAAGAAUGUCCUAUUGAAACUAUGAUCAAAUACAGUUUCUUGGUCCUGGAAGACUCCACUGCAUGCCAAGGCCAGGCUCUGUGAGUUAGCAGUGCAUUGGUCUUGGCAGGCAGGCAGGCAAUUGAAAGUAUUUGGGCUCCAGUUGGAAAAUGUGAGUGGAAAGAGAUCUGCUAGAUCACGUACACAUUUGCACUGGGGUUCUCUGAGAAACUGCUUCGAAGGCUAUUGGGCUGUACUGGUUAUAUGGCCCUUAGGAUGAAGUGUAGAGAUUUUUAUACAUAGAACAAACUAGCGAUGCAACCAACCAGGAGGCUUUAGAUUCUGCCUUAUAGAGGCCUUAGAUUCAUUCAUUCUGAACCAUUUUCAGAAGCUGCCUUUUGGAAUUGGUUCUCAACCCCAAAGUGCCUCCUCACCAGUGCAUUCUUCCCCCUCCAAAUGGCAACCCUCAGCUGAUUCCUGCUGACACCAGUAGAAGAGGCACAUAGAGACAGAGCUUUUUAUUUCCUGGCACUAGGAUAGCUGGUUCCAAACAACCCUCCUGCAUUUCUAAUUCAUUUCAGAUAGGGAUGUGCUCUUAAGGUUCGUUUCAGUUCUCAGUUCUCUGCAGAGUCAACCAUUCAGUGUGGGCUUCAGUGUUUGAUGCCGGGCUGUGUUUCUCAAAAACUGAUAAGACCGUGGCACUUCCUGUUCAGAUUAUGCCUUAGUCCAUUCAUUGAGGAAGGAACAGAGAAUCCCCCUUCCUUCCCAACAUUUAUAUGCACACACAUCAGUAUUAGGGGUCACCAUUAGUCAUCACCCACCAAAACAUUACAAGACAAAGUGCUCGUUUUCUUUAAAAUGAUCUAAAAAUAUUCCAUACAGUUUACUGCAGAUGUGUGUAAAAGGUUAUUUUUAUUUACCAGGUUUUCCACAUCAUGGGUAAAUGCACAUUAAACGAAGAAAAACUAUGGGCUGACAUUUUUAUUAUAACGUCAUGUGGAGGGUGCAAGAAAUAUGUGUGUGAGAGCAGAACCAAUUCCACAAUAGACUCUCAUCUGGAAGCACCUCUGAAAAAAAAUAUAUAAUUGUAACACAGUGCAAGGGGGCAGUCCUUAAAAAAAAAAGGUAUGGUUUGUGCACUGUAGUGAUGCGAUUGCAUGGUGUGGCAGCUAGUAAAAGUAUUUAAAGGAAAUGUAAAUAAAAAGUACAUUGAGAUGGUGCCGGGGCAGAUUACUGUUACUGGUGUUAUUGGGAACUCUUUCUAAGUCACCCGAGACACUCGUGGAAACACGUGAUGGUAGAAGUAACAGUGCAUGUGAUAUCUGGGGGAAGAGUCAAGUGUGUCUAGAGCUGGGACAAUGUAAUAUCCCCAUAAAAGAAGCACAGCCUCAAAGGAAAAUGCCUUGACUUUGUAGGCAGAGGGGAGGAAGAGAACAUGUGUCAUCGUUGACUUAUCAAGGACAGGUACCGGUAGCAAAAGGGGAGCAGGGCAAUAUCUGACAAAUAAAGACAACUAGAGCAUAUGGCUCCUUGUUUCCAUGGUGCGCUUCUACGGUUGCAGCAUCAGCACCAACUACCCACCUGGAAUACAGCCACUCCCAUCCAAGCCAGAACAGCAGCCGGGGAGAUUCUGUACGAUCUUCCUUCAGAACAGUUAUUUAGGAUGUUUCCAGACAACCUGUUUAUUGAGCACUCAUCCUGACUUGUCUGCAGGGAUGUGAGUUGACAGUAGCUCAUUUACUCUGAUUUGUUUGCAGGGAGGCUAGACGAUGUUGAGUGCCAACCCACACUUUUCCUGUCACCUUCCAUAUUGCUAAAAGUCUGGUCUUUGGGGGAAGUGGGUUUGUUGCAGACAAGUGACCAAAUCAGCUUUCCUUGCACAGCCUGAAUUGCUAUUGAAUUCCCACCUGAAAAUGGCAGCAGUCUGGAAGUGCCCUUAGUUGCAUACAGCCUUCAAUAUCCACUUAGAAUACAG